AUGGGCUUUGUCAUCUGUGCAGCGGUGGGCCUGCUGUUCGCCGUCCUCAUGCCGAUAGUGGGGCUCUUCUUCUGCAUGUGUCGCUGCUGUGACAACUGCGGCGGCGAGAUGCACCAGCGCCAGAGGAAGAAUGCAGACUGCCAGCGUGGCCUGUUGGGAACAUUACUCUUCUCCACCUCGCUGGUCAUCACGAUUGGAGUUCUGUGUGCGUACGCUGCCAACCAGAACCUCAGCUCUCAGGUGAAGAGCGUCCGACGGCUGGUCAACAGCAACAUGAGGGACCUGCACACCUUCGCCAACGACACGUCGAUGCAAAUCGAUUACCUAAUAUCUCGGUACGCCACAGCCAAGAACAAAGUCAUCUAUGACCUAGAUAAUGUAGGUCCGAUACUGGGUGGAAGGCUGCAUGAACAGCUGGAUAAGGAGGUUCAUCCUGCCUUGGAUCAGGUGCUGAACAUGGCUGGAGCCAUGCGAGAAACCAAGGAGGCCCUGGAGAACGUCAGCGCAUCUCUAGUGGUGCUGCAGGAAGGAGUGGGGAGACUGGACUUCAACCUGAGCCAAGUCCGCAGCAGGAUCAACCGCACGCUCGACGACCCCGGCUGCCGGGACGAAGACUCGGACGCCACCACGGCCCAGCUGUGCCACAACAUCCGCCGGUCUCUGUCCCAGCUGCAGAUCAGUGCCAACUUCACCCGGCUUCCAGAUGUGAACCCUCAGCUGGAAAAGAUGAACAACGUCAUGAGAACAGAUCUGAGCUCGGUUGUCCAAAGGGGUUUCUCCUCGUUGAAUGACACUCCACAGACGGUGAUAGAGCAAACCAGAAGUGUCGUCAGCAGUGUGCAGAAUUUGAUGGAUGGGAUCGGCAAAAACAUCAGCAGCUUUUCCAGAGCUUUCCCCGUGCAGACCUGUCUGUCCAACUUCACCAUCUUCAUCAACCACGUGCACGCAAAGAUCGAAGACUACUACCCUGAAAUUGACAAACUGGACUUUUACAGAUGGAUCGGCUGCAUCGCUCUCUGCUGCAUGGUGGUCCUGGUCUUGGCCUUCAACUACCUGGGCCUGCUGUGCGGCACUCUGGGAUACGACAAGCACGCCUCACCUACGACACGUGGAUGCGUCUCGAACACGGGCGGAACGCUUCUCAUGGCUGGUGUUGGAUUUAGCUUCAUUUUCUCCUGGGUGCUGAUGGGAGUGGUGACCGCCAUCUUCUUGGCUGGAGGGAACAUGGAGAAGCUGAUCUGUGAGCCGUUCCACACCAAAGAGCUCUUCAAGGUUGUGGACACGCCUUAUUUAAUCAACCCUGAGUGGAAGAAUUUCAUCCCCGGCUACAUGUACAAUGACUCCAACUUAGAGCUGACAGUAGAAAGUCUGUACAGUACCUGCAAAAAGAACAGAGGCAUCUACUCCGCCAUGCGUCUGGACAAAGUCUUCAACAUUUCUUCUUUCUUGAACACAACGCUGUUUACUAAAGAUGUGGUGAGGCAGCUGGAGAGCGUCAGGAUUGACCUGAGAGGGAUAACCCUGUUAGAGGCCGAAGGGAAGCAGAACCUCCGGGACUUCUCUGAAGCAGGACUGUCAGAGAUCAACUACGCCGACUACCUGGAAGAGGUGAAUAAAGGAGUAACGGCAGUCGAUGUGCUCUCAUUCGCCAAAGAACUGGAGUCUCAAACAGACCUCAUGCCCAGGGGACCUCUGCAGACGGCUCUCAAAGGCCAUGUCAGCUCUCUGAGGCAGAUCCACAGACAGCAGAUCGUUCCGAUGGAGCAAGCCAUGAGUGCGUUGAACCAGAGCAUGAGGUUCCUGGAGAGAACAGCCUCAGAUCUUCCGAACAAAGUUAUUGCUGUCCUCGAUGCCAUCGAAGCCGCUCAGUACCUCAUCUCCCAGAAUGCCACACUUUUAAUCAAUCAGGAAACGAGAAGAUAUACAGCAACCAUCAUUGGUUACUUCAGUCAAUACAUAGAAUGGAUCAAAACGUCUCUGGCCCUGGAGGUGGCACAGUGCAAGCCCUUCAGCAACAUCCUGGACACGGCCGAGAUCAUGACCUGCAGUUUCUUGGUGGACUCCAUGAACGCCUUCUGGAUGGGCCUGGGCUGCAGCACGCUCUUUCUGCUCCCCAGUGUCAUACUGGCAGUGAAACUGGCCAAAUACUACCGCAGGAUGGACACAGAGGACGUUUACGAUGAUACUGUUGAACACUGGAGCUAACGUACACCCAGCUGCUUGUUUCUACAUUUUGUCCAACUGGAGGACUCUCAAGCGAAGCUGGUUUCUUUACAACAAAGGAAGAACACUAAACUAAACAUCCUGCAGAUGUUUCCUUCAAAGAUCC